CUAAACUAAAAGCAACACUUUAUCUAUUACCGUCUCUCCUUUGUUCUCCCGCUGUUUUUAAACUCCAUUUAGCCAUACCCAUACCACAAAAAAUAAUAAUAACUAAAACAUGCUAGAUCCAGCCUCCGAUUUGCUACCCCCACCCUCCUCCCCAACCAUCUCCUCCGUUUCCUCCUCCGAUCUUGACACUGAGUCGACAGGUUCCUUUUUCCAUGAUAGAAGCACCACAUUGGGUACUUUAAUGGGAGUGAGUUUUCCUGCUAUUACUUUUCGAGCUCCUUCCCAGCACCACCGCCAGACGCAACCCACAAACGCCGGCUCAUCUUCGAUGGGUUCCAAACACAAGAAAAGGAGAGCUCUGACAACGGCUGCCUUCGGGGUGGAGCGACUUGGGCGGCGGCGAAGGAAGUGGUGGCAACUAUGCAGGGACGGGGACGCUAAGCCGGCUUCUCUUGGAGAGUAUCUGGAGGUGGAGAGGAGGUUUGGGGAUGGAGCGUUUUACGGAGCCGCGGCGGAGCUUGAGGGGGUGAUGGGGACGCCGCAUGAUGAGCAUCAGGAAGCGAUGAAUGGACGGACGUUGUUUGCUGAUGGGAGGGUGUUGCCUCCUCCUUCUGCUGCAGGUGAUGAUAAUGAUGAAGAGACAUCAACGGCUGGGGCUCUUCGUAGAUUCCCGGUGUCGCUCACGGGGAUCUGUAGCGGUGGCGUUGGAUAAAGAGUACUUUUGACUCCUUUCAUCGCCUUUCAUUUUUUAUUACUAUUUUUUUAAAAUUGCUUUAUUAGUUUGCAAAUACAAUCUAUCUAAUCCAUCGCUUUGUCCAUUACUAAUUUAAUUUUAUCUUCUAAAAAAAGCAUUAA